UCACAAACAAAUCAAAAUAAAAUAAAAUCUCACUCAUAAAUUUUCUCUCUUAAUCCUUGAUCAAUCAUGGUUUAUCCUUUGGGUCCCGGAAAAUUCUACGGCAGCAGCCUCCCCCGUCCGCGCAUCUACACCGAUGUGAAAUUCAACACAGAUCGGGUCGACCCGCCGGUUUCUGUCUCCGAUCCGUUUCUUUCCUGGGCUCAGGAGGCUCAUUGGUCGAUGGGUGGCCUUAGCUUCCAGCGCCUCCGUUUCCAAGGCCAUAUCGAAGGCAAUGCUAUGAAGCUCCGUAAAUUUAGAGAAAAAGAAGCAAAAAUGGAGGCGAAAAAUAGCCCUAAAUCUGAUCAUAGAAAUGAUAAUGGGAAGAGGGCGUGUUCGGUUUCGCCCCCGCCUGCUUCAAAAGUGACAAAGAGGCGGAAAUUUCUGGCGAUUUUUGACGAAGAUAGUGAAGAGGAAGGAAAUGAAGUUGCUGAGAAGAUGAUCAAGAAGAGGCCUGCAAGGAAGCUGGUGGGGGAAUUUGACAAAGUGGCAACGGUGGCUACGGCGGGUAGUGAUGGUGGUGGAGUCAGAACAAGGAGAGGUGGUGUUGGUGGUGAUGUGAUGAAGAUUGUUGAGGAGGUGAACAGGGAGAAUUCCGGGAAGAAGGCGAAAAAUGUUGAGAAAAAUGGAUCGAGUCCUGUGAGCAGAGUUAGAACUUCGCCAAGAUUGGCUAAGCAAAGAUCAAGUAAUUAGAUCUUUUUGUGAUUUUAAUUUUUGGGUGUAGGUGUUCGAUGAAAUGUCUGUUGAUUCCGACUCUUAUGUCAUAUAAAUCUAAUCCUAUAGUUUCUGUUUUUUGAUCUUGUUUCUGAUUUAAGUUGUGAUCUAUUAAUGUUCAUGAAAUGGCUUCAUUUUUCUUGAA